AUGAAUGCGAAUUCAGUGGGCCUGCUAUUCGUAAACAAGACCUCGCUGUCCAAAUCUCUCUCGAAUAGUAAAGCUGAUUCUCAAGACCUCCGAGAAAUUAACCAGCAUGUCCAGCGAUCUCGGGAUCUGGGCAAAGAGAGGAAAAGCAGGAGGCGUGUCAAGAGAUCAAGCAUUCCUCUAGGCUGGACUUUCCUUCCACCUCCUCCAUCACCUACUACCAUCCGUCCAGUCCUGCGAAUCGCUGACCAACCUCACUCGAUCACUUCUGAAACAUCUAAACAAGGCCAUACCAGUAAUAGUACUUCACAAGGUCUCAAGACGUGCAGCCAUGACUCCUGUCCAACUAGUCCAUUACUGGACAUCGUCCGACCAUCUGGGACGUCGGCUGAACCUUUCGGUCAAUUCACGGUUUCGAUGAAUGCUGAGAAGCAUCGAAUUCUUCAAUACUUUGUUACCAAAUUCUUCCCAGCCGUGACGAGACUAGAUAUACUGUCUUUCAUUACUGGUAAUGAUCAAAACCCCGCCAACCCCGCCAUUCAGAUCAUCCGCAAAUCUUUGUCGGACCAUGUCCAUUUUUUGGCUCUGCUAACCGCCUCGAGCGCUCGCAUGAAAUAUGUGGAGCAGUACCACUUUGCACGAGAAGAUCUUCCAGAACGUUUGGCUGACGCCACCCUGAAGUUGCUCCGAAAGUAUCUUGCAGAAGGCCGGCCGGUAACGCAAGAGCUGCUACAAAGUAUACUCUACUUGUGGGCGAUAGAGAGCUACCGCAGAAACUGGGACGCCGUAUUGAUGCAUGGCAACAUGAUCAUGUAUCUCUGCAACACACACUUUGGUGGCUUCCAGAACCUCAAUCCCUACCUGCGACGUAUGCUAUGGAUUGCCGAUAGGUUUCAAGCUGCGGCCACAGCUAGGCACCCUUUAGUGGAGGAGCGAUGGGAAACCGAGGAGAUAACGACACUCCAAUCCUCUCGAGCCAUCCAAGCUCUACAAGAGCACAGCUGGGAGCCCAAUGGACGAGGUUUCUCUCGGACCAAAAUAAACUUCAGUCUUAAUUUUACCGCCAUCAUUGAGGCUGUCGUCAACCUUGCUCAUGUGAUACAAUGUCAGUGGGCUGAGGUUGCUGUUCUCUCUGAACUCCCUGACCGAGACUGGGCGGUUGCUCGUAGCUACACAUUAUCCGAUGAACUGCUUGGUUCCAAAGAUGAAACUUUGGAUGCAUCCAAUGCUAAUCGCCACUUCAAAUUGCAGGAUUGUGUCCGGUUAGCGCUUAUUGUCUGGCUUGCAUUUGUUCCUGCGAGUGCCCCGUACUCGCCAGCGAAGCACGUGACAGGUGCUCUAACCAUUCGAGCGGCGAUUGAUGCCAGACCACUGCGCAAUCGACUCAGUAGUAUAAUCGAUCACUGUGAUACUGCUCCUACGAGUAGGGAAGAUGAUCUUCUACUAUUUUGGGUUGCAGGUCUUGGGGCCGUGGCAAGUGAGCUCGUUGAAAAUCAAGAAUGGUUUGCCGUUCAAUUCCAGCGCUACGCAAGAAAACUUGCCGUGUAUUCUUGGGACGACUUCAUCGAAGUGAAUGACGCAUUCUUGUUGUUGGACAGACUUCAGCAACAUAAUCUUACAAAGUUGAGUUGGUUGCUGCAACGAGCCAUUUACGCAGAAAGCUCAGACGAGGAUGCCACGCCCGAAUGA